ACAGAGCGCACGCAGCAUUUGUGUCAAGUGCCUCGCAUCUUCAGAUGUCUUUGGAUCAACAAGCAGCUAAUAUCUCCAUCUCUUUACUUCACAGUUUUUAACUGUCUUUUCCAAGUUUGAAGGAUUGAUCACCAUCAAAUUUUAAUCCCAGCAACAUUCCUCCUAAAACAACUUUGAAGGACAGGAUUGGUGAGAUAAACACAGUCAGAUCAUCUGAGGAGAUACUUGUGGGGGAUCUGUUGGACAAAGAACAACGUUUCAACACUGAACACUCACACAAAAUACAUUUUGGAUGUCACAGAGCUAAGGACACACAAUUCCAGGGGACCUCUCCCUGUCCACUACUGAAAGCCAUCUGAGUUCAAGGACAGAUAUAAUGACAUCAUAAAUGUAAAAUCAAGCAGUGAAUAAGAGUACAUCAUUGAACAGAAGAGACCCACAGUGGAAUUUAACAUCAUAUAUCAGAGGUCGAUUACAGUUGGAUCUUAGAGUUUGGAGUCAUGUCUCCAUUCCUGAGGAUUGGCUUUUCCAAUUUUGAGAUGGACCCUGGGCUUGCCUACCAUGAGGAAGUGCUCAAUCCAUACUGCGCUGUACACAUGAAAGAGGCAGUGGAGACGGAAAAGGGUCAGGUGUACAAGCAGAAACGGCCCACCAUGUAUCCCCCCUGGAACAGCACGUUUGAUGCUCACGUCCACAGGGGACGAGUGAUGCAUGUGGUGGUCAAGGCCAAGACGGCAGAGCUGAAGACAGAGGCCACAGUCCAGCUCGACACCCUCGCUUCACGCUGCAAGAAAGAGAAUGGCAAACUGGAGAUCUGGGUUGAACUGAAACCACAGGGUCGGUUACUGAUGGAAGCAAGCUAUUUUUUGGAAAGAACUGACGCUGUGGGUCAUGGUGAAGGUGAUGAAGAGAGUGAACGGGAAAAAGAUGGGGUGUUCGCUCUGCAUCACAGACGUGGAGCCAUCAAACAGGCCAAAGUUCACGUGGUCAAAUGUCACGAGUUCACUGCCACCUUUUUCCCUCAGCCUACGUUCUGUUCCGUCUGCAAGGAGUUUGUCUGGGGCCUGAAUAAACAGGGAUAUCAGUGUCAACAAUGCAACGCUGCGAUCCAUAAAAAGUGUACUGACAAAGUAAUCGCCAAAUGCACAGGUUCGGCGAUAAAAAGUAAAGAAACCAUGAUCCACAAAGAGCGCUUUAAGAUUGACAUGCCUCACCGAUUUAAGGUGUAUAACUACAAGAGUCCGACGUUCUGUGAGCACUGUGGGACUUUGUUGUGGGGUAUCGCUCGGCAGGGCCUUAAAUGUGAAGAGUGUGGCAUGAACGUUCACCAUAAAUGUCAGAAGAAAGUAGCUAACCUGUGUGGCGUCAACCAGAAGCUAAUGGCAGAGGCUCUGGCUAUGAUUGAGAGCACUCAACAGGCUCGGAGCUCCAGGGAUAGUGAGAUCAUUGGUCAUGAGGGGCCGGUUGGCAUAGGCCAGGCAGAGGUCACCCGAGAGCCCUCUGCACACAUACCGAUUUCUCCACUCACGCCUGCGCCAGCAGUACCAUGCAAAGAGCAGCAGCUUAUAGCAUGGGAUGCCCCAACUGAGUGUGGCAGACCAAGCGUCAUUGAAGAACCUGAGCCAUUGUACGCUACCCCACGCAAAGAGCACCACAAAUUCGUCCUUGAGAACUUCAUUCUGCACAAGAUGCUGGGAAAGGGAAGCUUUGGAAAGGUGUUCCUAGCUGAGUUGAAGGGUACUGGGCAAUACUUUGCAGUAAAGGCGCUGAAGAAAGAUGUAGUUCUGAUGGAUGAUGAUGUUGAAUGCACUAUGGUGGAGAGGAGAGUGCUAUCUUUGGCUUGGGAACACCCCUUCCUAACACAUCUCUACUGCACCUUCCAGACCAAGGAAAAUCUAUUCUUUGUGAUGGAGUACUUAAACGGAGGUGACCUAAUGUUCCACAUCCAGACCUGCCACCGUUUUGACAUCCCACAAUCCACGUUCUACGCUGCUGAGAUCAUCUGUGGGCUGCAGUUUCUACAUUCUAAAGGCAUUGUGUACAGAGAUCUUAAGCUGGAUAACAUUUUGCUGGACAUUGAUGGCCACAUCAAAAUAGCAGAUUUUGGCAUGUGUAAAGAGAACAUGUUUGGGGAAGCUAGAACAUGCACCUUCUGUGGAACUCCAGACUACAUCGCCCCUGAGAUUUUACUUGGGCAGAAAUAUGGGACCUCUGUAGAUUGGUGGUCGUUUGGUGUCCUACUUUAUGAGAUGUUGAUCGGCCAGUCGCCGUUCCAUGGGAAUGACGAGGAAGAGCUGUUUCAGUCAAUUCGUACAGAUGACCCAUGCUACCCACGCUGGCUAACAAGUGAUGCACGGGAUAUUCUUGUUAAGUUAUUUGUGAGGGAACCAGAGCGGAGGCUUGGUUUAAAAGGAAAUAUACGGCAACAUGCGUUCUUCAGAGAUAUAGACUGGAAUGCACUAGAGAAACGGCAGGUGGAACCGCCCUUCAAACCAACUGUGAAAUCAGCCAGUGACUGUAGUAACUUCGACAAGGAGUUUAUAAAUGAGAAGCCUCGACUUUCAAUCACAGAUCGCACCCUUAUCAACAGCAUGGACCAGAGCAUGUUUAAUGACUUCUCCUUCUUUAACCCUGUUAUGGCCCGCCUCAAGAACCCUUGACCUAGAACCCUGCAUAUAUUAAAGACAUUCAUACACAUACUGUGAACAGCUCAAAACCAAAAUGCAAACACCUACCUGAAUAUUGUUACAGUCUCAAGUCAACCACAUUUCUUGGCAUGGACAGUGAAUAACAUUCAAAAGAGUUGAAGGACAGGCUAAGCACCAAGCACACCAGCUAGCAGUGGAAAUUCUUCUACAGAGAGUAAACAUUUCCAUACUUUCAGCAUCACUCUUAACAAGACUUAUUCCCAUCAAAUUGAAUUCAGUCGAGAGCUAAGACAACAUGAUUAAGAUGAAUAUGGUCAAGCAAUUAUUAUUCUUUGAUCUGUGUUUAGUAUACAGAUGUAUUUUAAAUUUAGAUGAUUUUGUGAUAUUUCAUACCCUAUUCGUGGAAAGUGGCAGAACUUAAAGGAGACCUAUUAUGCCCCUUUUUACAAGAUGCAAUAUAAGUUUCAGCUAAAAAUGCCCCACGGAUCAUUUUAUUAUACCAUGUUGUAAAUGCGACUUUUUGGGUGGAAUCAAAAACAUGCUGAUUUUGUGUGUGUCUCUUUAAAUGCAAAUGAGCUUCUGCUCCCCACCCCCUUUCCGGAAGAGUGCUGUGCCUUUACAGCUCGAACUUCGGAUACUACAACAACAACAAAUCAGAACCAAUAUGUCUGACAGUGUAAAUACCGGAGUUCAGCCAUAUAUGUAUGAACAAAUAUAUAUUUUUGUGGUCCGUUCUGCAUAACGCGGCCCAUUCAGCACGUUUCGCGGAGGAACCACCGGCCCGCUCGGUUUUUCCGAUGUCCAUUCUGCCCCGAUCGGCCCAAAAGUGCGUCGGCCCAUCAGGAAAAUGCCCGGUAUGCCAGAUUACCAGUCCAGCCCUGAUAUAUGUAUAUAUGUAUAUCUGGUCUCGGUGAAUACAAUCAGAGACAAUGGUAACUUUAGCUGCAACUCCAGCCGUGGAAUCAGCUAACAAACACAUUUGGAAAAUAUAAAGUGCGAAACUUACAUCUUCAGGAUAUAAAGUUGGAACACGAACUGUUGGUACUCAUCCAUGCUUGCUUGAGAAUCAAAUUUUUUGAAAAUCCAGCUUUAUAUUGACACUCAUUCACAAAGCAGUCCAGUGUAAAAUGAUUUGCACAAACAUACACAAAUUGUUUUAUGUUUUGGGGCACAUUUACAAAACUUGUCCACUGCGUCUUCAGUGGCUCUGAUGCCGGGAGUACAUGAAGACUCUUAUGUUCAACAACAACACAACACUUAUGACACUUAUUGAGACAUUAUUCUUCUCACGGUAUUUGCACCAGCAUGGAAAAACAAUGGCGGACUGUGUGUAGAUCACUCAGGGGAUGAUCUAUGAUCAUAGGGUGGAGUCUGUCACCAGUCGUGGGUGAGGCCUGCUCUAAAGUGACAUCACUUUAGAUCAGAAAUGAAAACCAUUCAUUUUGACACACUAUUUUUGAUUAAUAGAAAUAUAAGAAAGAGGAGUGGGUGGACUUUUAACAUUGAGAUUGGUUGUGGUCACACACUGCUAACUCACAUUUAUGUACAAACACCAUGUAAAAGUGAAUUUUGCAUUAAAAAAAUGUAAUAGAAAUAGAUUUAACUGUGGCAAACUUUCCCAAUUUGUUUAAAUCAUUGUUUGUAUUUCUGUAAAAAGCAUUUUACUUUUAUAUCUAAAUACGUGUGCCCAGAUGUACGUCCAUUUAUAAUAAACAGAAAAAACAGGAUCCAUUUCUAUUUUAUUGUAUCAAAAUAAAUGUGUUGAUGUCUGUGUGAGUUUGCUUAAGUAUUAUUAGGAUUAACAGAAAGUUUGUGAAAGUCUUCUUUAGUCAAUGAGCUUUUCUGUGAUUUAACAUGAAACUGGAUGAUGAAAAUUACUGUAGUAAUAACCAUAAUAGGCCUUUAUCACAGUUACAGUCAAUCAAUGUAUCU